GUCCUCUGCGCCUCCUCCCUUUUUUCAACCGCUAAUAAAAACGACACAUUCCUCUGCCAAACGCAGACUCCUUCAUCAAUUGGAGCACUUCUUUAUAAACAUGACACGGUCAACGAUUUCAGCGUCUCCGAUCUUCAUCACCUUCACGCUCCUGUUCAUCACUUUUGCGUGCGCCACAUCGGUGAACGAAAUUGAGAACGGCGAACCGAACGGUUCCGACGGAUUCACGGUUCCAAGCCAUGUGGAGAAACAGGGACAAGACGCGAUGAAAGAGUAUUUGGAUAGCGUAUUCGAAAACGCACUCUUCGCCGGUGAUUCUACUGAAACAUAUCCGCAUAGCUAUGGCAUCGAAGCAGAGAGUAAUACACAGAUUAAAGAGGAUAAAUCUGGUGAUGAAGAGCCCAAAGAAUCCGGGGAAGGACAUAAGCUGAUAAUUCCGAAACAUAUUGAAGAGGAGGGAGCAGAAGCCAUCAAAAAAUAUUUGGAUGAUUUAUUCAGCAAAGCACUCCUUGGCAUGGAUUCAACUCAAACGGAGCAAAAUCCGGAAGCACAUCAACAUAGCAAUUCCAUUCAACUUGACAGCAAAACACACAUUACACAAGAGGGUAAGAACAACGUGGUAGAUAAAUCAUUUGAUAAAGUGUCUAAAUUGACAAAGGAAGAAGAAUUGGUAAAUGAUGAUAUUGCAGUGAAUGUUAACCUUGAGAUGGUGGGUGAUGGAGAGUAUGUUCUAAAGAUCAAGAGGGUGAAUCCAAGUUCAAACGAUGGGGAUAAAGUAGAAAGGGCUAAGCAUUUGGCUCAAAAUGGAGCAAUGUUGUUACAUUACGGAGAGAUUCUUAAAGACAUGGGAGAAAAAUUGAUUACCCAAUCCCAAACAUUGCUUUACUCUGUUUUUAAAAUGCCUGCACCUCCUAAAUUCAAGUCUGAUGAUCAAUGAUAGUAAUUAUGUACAUCUUCACUUUGUUAUUUUGAAUGCUAACUAUAAGGACACUACGAAUUUAGUUUACAAAUACGAAA